AUGGAAGAAGAAGAAGCAAAACUAGAAACUCUUGAGGACAUUCGUCUGUGUUCGGAUGACGAAUCAUUUGGUAAUAAUAAUAAUUUCAUCGAGUUGAAAUCUUGUCCACUUUCCAGAAGUUGUUCCCUCAGUCGUUAUGACAACAUCGUGGGAUUUUGCAAAGGGGUAGUCUGUCGGCCUUUUGAUGGUCAUUAUUCCUCCAUUAAUGAUUAUGUUCUAUGGAACCCUUCCAUUCAUCGAACUCUUGGACUUCCAGAACCUAAUAUUGCUCGAGGGAUUCCAUAUUAUGAAGUUGAGAACUCCCAUGGAUUUGGUUACGAUCCUUCUAGUAAUGAUUUUAAGCUGGUCAGACUUGUAUAUCUGAAAAGGCAUUACAACGAAGCUCAACCGCUGGUUGAGAUCUACACUCUUAACUCUGGCUGCUGGCGUACCAUUGCUUCCCCUCCUCAAUCAUAUAUUGUCAAGAAUAAUCGCUUAUCCACUUUUGUAAAUGAGGCAUCGCACUGGCUCGCGCACACUCCACCCAAUGCUGCGGCGGGCACCACCUUCCGAAAUGUCAUACUUGCAUUUGAUAUGGGUAAAGAGGUUUUUCACGAGAUUGAAGUGCCCAGCUGCUUUGUUGGGGACUCUCAUUUGAACAUGGCUGUUGGGGUCCGUGACGGAUUACUUUGUCUAGUCCCGCGUAAUUCUCAUCCAUGUGGGAAACUGCAUUUUUCUGUAUGGAUCAUGAAAGACUAUGGUAUUGGAGAAUCAUGGAGUAAGCUAUUCGAUAUUGACAUUAGUCAAGGACUUCUGACGGUUGUAGCCUUCAGGAAGAACGGGGAAGUUCUAAUUACCGUCGAAGAUGGGGAGCUUCAUUCUUACAAACCGAACACGCAACAAGUAACUCAUCUGGGAUUCCAUGGAUCUUCAUCCGGGAGCACGGACAUAUAUUAUGGAGAGAGGGCCUUUUUUCAUGGAGGCAUAGUCUGAGAGCCUCGUUCUACUAAACGUGCCAAAUGGAGUCUCGACACGAAAGGAAGAAAAGGACUAGGCCCUAAACUACAGGAUUGGCAGCCAGGGACCGAAAGAACGGAAUUUGAGAAUGCCCUUGGAUUGGAGACUUUGAAGAUAUUGUGGAGAUAUCUUAGGUGCACGCUGGGCUUAAGGUUGCUAAGAUCCACUUGUAUAAACUACAAGUUUUAUAGUUUGAUAAAAAAGACUUUGUUGUUGAGGAAAUGUAGGAGGAUUGGAAUUUGCAUGUACUUGUUGGAGUUAUGAACAUAUCUAAAGAUUUCUCUAUGUGGUUGAAGAAUCAAGAUUAGGCUGUCCAAAACAGAACUUUGAUGCAUGUAUUACAAACCAACUCCAGUCAAUUAUACCUA